UUUGACCUCAGAUGGCAGCAGCACGUCCACGUCAAAGCGAAGCCCCUCUUUUUGUCUUUUCCCAGCACCUGUAGUUGUGCUGGCAGCCCGUUUGUUUUGGCUGUACAUUGGCUAUAGGCAUUUGGUGUCAGGUCGAGAACCUGCUGUAAGCUGUGGCAUUAUGUCUGACAAAAGCGAGCUGAAAGCAGAGCUUGAAAGGAAGAAGCAACGCUUGGCUCAAAUCAGAGAGGAGAAGAAAAGGAAGGAGGAGGAGCGCAAGAAGCAAGCGGCGGACCAAUUGAAAGAAGCUGUACAACACCAGGAUGAUUCAGACCUGGAGAAAAAAAGACGUGAGGCUGAGGCUCUUCUACAGAGCAUGGGCAUAACCCCAGAUGUUCCUGUUGUCCCUCCUCCCAUCUCUCCAACUACCAAAUCGGCAGGCACACCGAGUGAGGCAGGGAGCCAAGACUCUGAUGGAGCUGUGGGACCCAGGACUCUGCACUGGGACUCUGACCCGUCCACUCUUCAACUUCACUCUGACUCUGAGCUGGGGCGUGGAACCCCAAAACUGGGAAUGGCCAAAAUCACACAGGUGGACUUCCCUCCACGUGAGACGGUGUCCUACACAAAAGAGACCCAGACACCUGUCAUGACUCAGCAAAAAGAAGAGGAAGAAGAAGAGGAAGAAAGUGCUCCACCUCAACCAGUUGUGGAGACUCAGACUGAGAAACCCGACCAGAAAGAGGAGGAGGAAGCACCCCCCCACGAACUGACAGAGGAGGAAAAACUCCAGAUCCUGCACUCCGAAGAGUUUGUGAAUUUCUUCGACCACAGCACUCGCAUUAUUGAGCGAGCUCUAUCAGAGCACGUGGACCUCUUCUUCGACUACAGUGGUCGUGACCUGGAGGAGAAGGAGGGUGAGAUCCAGGCCGGAGCAAAGCUCUCCCUCAACAGGCAGUUCUUGGAUGAGCGCUGGUCCAAGCAUCGUGUCGUCACCUGCCUGGACUGGUCCCCCCAGUAUCCUGAACUCCUGGUUGCCUCAUACAACAACAACGAGGAAGCUCCCCACGAGCCAGAUGGCGUGGCCUUAGUGUGGAAUAUGAAGUACAAGAAGGCCACACCGGAGUACGUCUUCCACUGUCAGUCUGCUGUUAUGUCGGCUGCGUUUGCCAAGUUCCACCCCAACGUUGUGGUGGGGGGCACAUACUCGGGGCAGAUUGUUCUGUGGGACAACAGGAGCAACAAGAGGACCCCCGUGCAGAGGACUCCCCUGUCAGCAGCAGCACACACGCAUAUAACCCAGCAGAGGAAUAAAAUGUCUCCCUCUUUUCUCUCCAUCUCUUUGAGUCUGGACAUGCUCUCUCAGCCACAGGACAGCAUGGAGCUGGUGUUCAAGCAGUCCAAAGCUGUAGCUGUCACCUCCAUGUCUUUCCCUCUCGGAGAUGUCAACAAUUUUGUGGUGGGCAGCGAGGACGGCUCCGUCUACAUGUCGUGUCGUCACGGAAGCAAAGCGGGCAUUAGUGAGAUGUUCGAGGGCCACCAUGGGCCCAUCACAGGGAUCCACUGCCACACGGCUGCAGGGCCUCUGGACUUCUCCCACCUGUUUGUUACCUCCUCUUUUGACUGGACUGUCAAGCUGUGGAGCACCAAGAACAACAAGCCUCUGUACUCAUUUGAGGACAACUCGGACUAUGUGUACGACGUCAUGUGGUCUCCAACUCACCCUGCUCUGUUUGCUUGUGUGGACGGAGUCGGCCAUCUUGACCUGUGGAACCUCAACAAUGACACAGAGGUUCCUACCGCCAGCGUGACAGUGGAGGGUAACCCAGCUCUCAACAGGAUCAGAUGGGCUCACUCUGGCAGGGAAAUCGCUGUGGGAGACUCUGAUGGACGAGUCCUUGUGUACGAUGUUGGCGAGCAAACUGCGGUUCCACGAAACGACGAGUGGACCCGCUUUGUUCGCACGCUGGCAGAGAUCAACGAGAACAGGGAUGAUGCAGAGGAGCUGGCAGCUCAGCGCCUGGCUGCCUGAUCCACUCGCCACAGAUGUGAUGUUAAAGGGACCAGUGGUGCGCUUGUUAAUAUCAGCCCCGACUUUGAUGGAAGGAAACGAUGUGAUGACAACAUAACCGGAGGGAAAAGGUUUUGAUCAGAAAGACGUACAGACAUCUUUUCUUUUUUUCUUACACUUUCUUUUUUGGACAACUCUGCCUUUCUCAGUUAGCUGGACUGUCACCAGUCUUCCGUGGAAUAACACAAGCGACAGGGCUAUCGACCUCAGACACUAAGCCAUAUUCACGAAACACAAACCAGUCAUCCUUUCUCCAACCAGAUGCCUUAAACUUUAGUUUUAACCUUUGAUUGUAAAACCUGUCGUCAUUUAGUGCAUGUCAUCAUGAGCCUUAAUUUUGAGUUUUUCAGUUCAGACACUCUGCGGAGCUCCAUUUCUCACCAAAGCUGUAGUGAAACAAUCACAUCUCUAAACACCCAGGAAUGUAAACUUCUUAUACUGUAGAACCGUGUUGUCAUCUCAGCUCCUUUUAGACUUGAUAACGUAAAUAUUCACGUGUUUGUAUAAUACUGAAAUGUCCAAAAUCCAAAUGUCUUUCUACUUUCUAUAUUCUAUACUGCACCAGGCUUCACUUAAUCAGUGGAGCUGGUUAGACUGGAGAUAGCUGGAGUAUCCUCAAUGCCUAAGAAGAUGAUCGUGUAUGCUGUAAGUGCUGUUGACAGGAUCUGAACAGAGAUCCUUCUGUUUCCUGAAGAAUCUCAAAAUCUGAGAAUGUACUUUUCACACAGUAGAAACAUACAGUUUGAAUGAUUUAUUUCAAUAAAAUACAAUAAAUACAUUUAAAUUA